CGGUUCUUGAGUCAGUCAGUACAGUUGGUAGGACUGGGCAGCGAAAGCUUCGAUGACGCAAUGGACGCAAUCAGAAGUAUGCAAGUCAUGGGCGAACGAGAGUUCAGAGAUGGAGAGCUCGAACACUGGAAGCCAAUGUCGAUGAAAGGAUUGGAUGCUAUAGAGUUGUCUAACCGAUACUUCAGACCGCGCAACACCACAAACAACGAGGAAGGCGUACCUUUUCCAAAUGACGUCGAUCCUGUGGGAAUACUGGCCAAGAUGGCGCAGCGAAAAUGGAUUCACACUGAAGACAACGAGGUACGAUACUACAGAGGUGUGAUGGAUGAAAGAGGGAAAAAGAGGCAAGCCAGAUACGUGUCAGCCAAGCCGCAGAUAUUCCGAGUAGGAGACAUAGUGGAAGCGCAAUGCUCGGUCAUGUUCUUGAGGACAAACGAGGGUAUGGCGAGGAUGAAGAUGAUACUGAGGGCAUUGGCCCUCAUCAACAGCGACAACUCGACAGUGAGUAACGGAAUACAUAAUGAUGACACGAUGAAGCGGAAGAUUGGAUUCAAAGAGGAGGAGGAAGACAUUGACGCGAGGGCCAAAAAGACAAACAGGACGGACGAUCAUGAGAGAGAGGAAAGGAUGAUGAUGGAACCGUAA